AUGGCUGCCCACCGAAUCAUCAGAGUAACAAACAACAACCACGUCCUCCCUCGCUGUAAAUCUGAGGGGACACUCAUCGACCUCAGUGAAGGGGUCACCGGGGCCAGUCUCAACGAUGUCAAAGUGCCUUCUCCCAGUGCCUUAAGGCUGGACACUUCCUCCUCCUAUGGAGCUGCACAGGAAGUGGUUGCCAUAAAGGAUUAUUGCCCCAGCAGCUUCACCACACUGAAAUUCUCCAAAGGUGAUCGCCUCUAUGUGCUGGACACGUCAGGCGGAGAGUGGUGGUACGCCCACAACAACACGGAAAUGGGCUACAUCCCUGCCGCCUACGUCCAACCGGUCAACUUCAGGAACUCUUCGCUUAGCGACAGUGGGAUGAUCGACAGCCUCGGAGAGGGAUACGAGGAUGGUUCCAAGGAGUUUGGGGGCCUGGGGGAGUGGACAGGCAUGAACGUGAAGCCCACAAUUUACAACAACAGCCCCUUCUCUGUGAACCCCUUUAUCUGUCCUUUAGAUCAAAACUGCAAAGAUAUAGGUGUAAGGAACUCAGCAGACCUUAUUCUGUUUGAUUCUCUGGCAUCUCCAUCAUCUUGCUCCAACUUUAAUACUAGCACAGUCAUAAACAAUGGGUUCAGCAGCUGCCAUAAUAACAGUACCACCCCCACCAGCCCAAACCAAGAGGUACCUAACUUCCACAGGGAUAAUCCAUUUUUCAGGAAUAAACGUUCCCAUAGUCUGUCAGAACUGUCUGUUCUGCAGGCACAGUCUAAUCCAACCUUACCCUCUUCAGGAUUCUUCACGGGCCUUAAGGCUCCUUCACCGGAGCAGUUUCAGAGCAGGGAGGACUUUAGGACUGCUUGGUUGAACCACAGGAAGCUAGCCAGGUCUUGCCAUGACCUUGACUCUCUGGGCCAGAGUCCCGGGUGGGGCCAGACACAGCCGGUGGAGACCAACAUAGUGUGCAGGUUGGACAGUAAUGGAGGGGUUGUUCAGCUUCCAGACACACAUAUCAGUGUACACAUCCCUGAGGGCCACGUCGGCCAUGGAGACCACCAACAGAUCUCCAUGAAAGCCUUACUGGACCCUCCUUUGGAGCUCAACACUGACCGUUGCUCCACUGUGAGCCCUGUGGUGGAGAUAAAGCUCAGCAACAUGGAGACCAAGUCCUUCAUUACGUUGGAGAUGAAGGUAUCAGUCACUCUGAAGAAAGAGAGUUGUCACGCUGCUGAAGUGCUUUGUGUUCGCAGCGAUUGCAAAGAAGGGCCUUACAUACCAAUCCCUAAUGCUUACAUUUACAAGGAUACAGUCCAGGUGCAGUUGGAUAGUCUAGAGCCCUGCAUGUAUAUGGCUGUUGUGGUUCAGUCACAGUACAUCAGCCCCAAUACAACUGUUUGGGACCAUGUGCAAAGGAAAGUAACUUUGGGCGUUUAUGGACCCAAGCACAUCCACCCUUCCUUCAAGACAGUUGUAGCCAUGUUUGGGCAUGACUGCGCCCCCAAGACUUUGUUGGUAAGCGAGGUGGGCCGGCAGGCUAUCUCAACUCCACCAGUAGCCCUCCAGCUGUGGGGGAAGCACCAGUUCGUACUGGGAUACCCUCAGGACCUCCAGGUGGGAUUGUACUCCAACAUGUCCAACUACCAGGUGAAGGCAAGCGACGGCGCCGAGGUGAUUCGGGGAUUUCAAAUCAAACUGGGAAAGGUCAGCAGGCUUCUGUGCAUGAUAACAUCGCACAACCCCAACAGCAUCUCAGACUUCACUCUCAGGGUCCAAGUCAAGGACGCCCUCGGCUGUAUCCUCACCCAGUUCUGUGUCCAAACUCCGCAGCCACCGCCAAAGACCGGAGCAAGGAUAACGGGUCAGAGACGGUUCUUGAAGAAGAAAGAGGUGGAUAAGAUUGUCCUCUCGCCGCUGGCUGUCACCUCCAAAUACCCAAAGUUUCAGGACCGGUGCAUAACCAACCUGAAAUUUGGCAAACUGAUCAAAACGGUGAUCAGACAGCACAAGAGCACCUAUUUGCUGGAGUACAAGAAGGGGGAUGUUAUUGCUUUGCUCAGUGAGGAGAAAAUCAAACUGCGAGGGCAGCUGCGGACCAAAGAGUGGUACAUUGGAUACUAUCAGGGGAAGAUGGGGCUUGUCCAUGCCAAGAAUGUUUUGGUUCUGGGUAAGGUCAAGCCCAUUUAUUGGUGUGGGCCAGAUCUAAUGACCACCAUGCUGCUGGAGCAGAUCCUGAAGCCUUGCAAAUUUCUUACAUACAUCUACGCAACCGUGAGGACCGUUCUGAUGGAGAAUGUGGGAAGCUGGAGGGCGUUUGCAGAUGCCCUGGGAUACGGGAAUUUGUCCUUAAAUUAUUUUUGCCGGACCGAGCUGGACAAUGAGCCGGAGAAGGUGGCAUCAGUCCUGGAGAAACUCAAAGAGGAGUGUACCAACAUGGAGAACAGGGAGAGGAAGUCUUUCCAGAGGGAACUCAUGAUGGCAUUGCUGAAGAUGGACUGCCAGGGUCUGGUUGCUAGGUUGGUCCUGGAUUUUGUCUUGUUGACCACAGCAGUGGAGGUGGCGUCCAGGUGGAGGGAGCUGGCUGAGAAACUGGCAAGAGUGUCCAGACCGCAGAUGGAGGCAUACGAGGCUCCACACCGCGACAAGAACGGACUACUGGACAACGAGUCCAUGUGGAAACCAGCUUAUGACUUCCUCCUGACGUGGGCUGCCCACAUCGGGGACAGCUAUCGUGACGUGAUCCAGGAGCUCCACCUCGGACUGGACAAGAUGAGGAACCCCAUCACCAAGAGGUGGAAGCACCUGACCGGCACGCUCAUCCUCGUCAACUGCCUGGACACCCUCCGCAGCGCCGCCUUCUGCCCCACAGGAUAUGGAGACUUUGCUGUCUGA